CCCAGCUCUGUACAUCUUUCAGUAAGUCCUUGUCGACUGAAUGCAGAAUUUCUGUAAGAGCCAAGGAAAAUGUGUUCGAAAUUUUUCAUAUUAUUGUUGGUUGGACUCAUAAUUUUUGAGUUCUCUGUCAUCGAAGCGGAUGGAAAUUCUUUUGAUAAAAAUCCUGAAGGAAGCGGAAAUAGUGGUGGUAAUUGGUGGAGUAAUUUAUGUGGAAGAAAAGAUCGUGAAUCAAUCGAUCCACCAAUAAUUACGAGAAAACGAUCCUUCAAAGUAUCACCAUCCCAAGAGCCAAUACCGCCACCGCCUCCAACUUAUGUUGCAAAAAAUAUUUCUCCAAGUAUACACCAUUCCGCAAUCAAAAGUCAGGCUCACUCUUACACUCCAAACGAUGAAAACAGCCGUGCAAGAGAAAUGAUCAACGAAAUACCACAAACGAAUCCACCAAUCCCAGUGAAUGCUCCAAGAGUACCUGCUGUCCAACCGGUUGAACCUUCCCCACCCGUUCCCCCAAGACAACCUCUAGUUUAUCAAAAAACGACUCCAUCGGAACCACCAAUUUCAAAUCGAUUCAUUUCAAAUCCAACCCCAUCGGUGUCGCAUGUACAACAUUCACCAAGUGAACAUCAAAAUUCAGAAAGACGGACGUCAGUACGAGAUAUGGCCAAUCGUUUAUCAGCCAUGAAUCUUCCAAUGGGUGGCCAACCUCAAGCGGUCAGAAUGUCAAAUUCACCGCCACCAAAUCGGUUUAGCCCAAAGUCUUAUUCACCACCGCCACAAAGAUCGACAUCGCCAGUUGUUUUUAGUGCAGCAGAUCAAAGCACCGUCGUAUCGGAAGAAAGGCGGAUGUCCAUAAAAGAAAGAGCCAACCAACUUCAAGGGAUGAAGUUUCCGUUUGGUCAACAAUUACCGCAACCAAUUAGAUCGAAUCCAAAACCAGUAGUGGCAAAUAUACCCGCAAAAUCACCUUCAAAACCCCCAACACCUAAAGGUCCACCUCCACCACCACCACCACCUCCUAAGCCUACAAAUGGACCUCCAAAGGCACCCCCAUUACCUCCAAAGGCACCCCCAUUACCUCCAAAGGCACCUCCAUUACCUCCAAAAACAGGACCAUUGCCUCCAUUAUCACGUACACAGAUUUUGGACGAAAAUUUCAAAAAAGCCGUCAAAGAUGCUGAACAUUUCAAGAGACGACCAGAUGAGGGUGACAACCAGGAAUUGUAUGCCUUGUAUCAGCAAGCAACUGUGGGUGAUUGUAAUACUCAGAGACCGUAUGAUUCACAAGCAAUCGCCUAUUGGAAUGCAUGGCACCACAAAAAAGGCACCAAUACAAUGAAAGCUAAAGAGAAUUAUGCCAACAAAGUUCGUGAUUUGGUCGGCAGAAUCGGUUUAAAAUAAAAAGAAGAUGAAUUGCGUAAUACACCAACAUUCGA